CUGGAGCGUGGAGGAGGGACCUAGAGCCUAUCAUUGAAGGACGGACGGAGGGAGAGAGAAAGAAAGAGAGUUUGCUGGAGCUGCAGGUAAACCGAUGUCAUCAAACACUGGUGACUAAUGAGCAGAUUCCCUGAUUACCGAAGCUUCUCUUCUGAUCGGCCGCGCGCGCGCGUGUGUGAGUGAGUGUGUGCGCGCGUGAGGAACACACUCUCUGCUUGACGAGGACCCGCGUUUGCACACCAGCAACUUCCAACAUUUUGAGUCUUUUUUUCAGCAUCCAAGAUGAAGCCCAACAAAAGAGCUUUUGAGGAGGACCAGAACGGAGACACUGAGUUUUCUGCCAUGUCGGACAGCGACCCGUGUGAAGACGACAGUUACCCUCUCAACCUGUCAACAAGCGGCAGAAGAAGCGGGUCUGCAGCCAAACGCCGCCGCAGAGGAAACCUCCCCAAAGAAUCUGUUCAGGUUCUGAGGGAAUGGCUCUAUGAGCAUCGCUUCAAUGCUUAUCCAUCAGAGCAGGAGAAGCUGAGCCUGUCUGGACAGACGCAUCUCUCUGUGUCACAGAUCUGUAACUGGUUCAUAAAUGCCCGGCGGAGGCUCCUGCCAGACCUGCUCAGGAAAGACGGCAAAGACCCCACUCAGUAUACAAUGUCACGGCGCACUAGCAAACCAGACAGAUCUGCCUCCCCGGAAUGCCCCACCUCUUUGGCCCGCCCCUCUGUUAUUUGCCCUGCCCCCACUUUGGACUUGAGGCUGUUGGGUAACACUGCAACGGCAAUUUUGGCCGGAGCCGGUUGCUUGCCAUCAUCAGAAAACCAAGAUGGCAUUCAGGCUCUGAUGCAGCUGGACACUCGAGGUCUGCUUAGACGGGAAGGUCUAACCGGAGACCAGUACCUGACAACCAUCCCACUAACUUCUACUUUUGUCCCAACCCCGGGAGCGGUGAGCCCGUCUGGGCUCCUGUUCAACACACCUCCGCCUACCCCACCGGAGCUUUGCCCUCAAGAUUUCAGCGAUCUGAAGCUUCUGGUAGACGCGGCCCUGCAGCGAGCGGCCGAGCAAGAAAUCAGUCAACAGAAAGAACAAACAAUGCAGCAGCAACCAAGCGAAGGUUCAAGAGCGAUCAUCCAGAAUGGCAAUUCGGAGACACCUUCAAGGGACGAAUCCAAUGUUGCACCGAGCCUAAUGGAGAACGCAGUAUUGCCAGUGUCGGUUCCCAUCAUGAGCCAUGCUUUUCCAGGCCUUCCUGUUGAUCUAAGCACAGCUGGAGUCUCCGAUGCGGAAUCUGGAAGCUUUGCGUCUUCUGGGAUGUGGAGCGUCCGACAACCCGGUCCUCCUGCGAAUGUGGUGUCGCACACAUGGGUUUCGCAGUACACACGUAAUACGGUCACGGAAGCGGUUAACUAAAACUCUAGCAGACCAACUCAUGUUAGACUCCAUUUGUUUGCUAAUUUUUGUUAGAAAACACUUGAGCA